ACCCAUGGGGCCUGAGGGGGCCUUCUAAGGCUACCAAGCAGUUGAGAAUUUACCGGCAAGUUUCGGGGAUGCCUCCCAAAGGAAAAAGCGGUUCCGGAAAAGCAGGGAAAGGAGGAGGAGCCUGUGGGAGUGACAGUGCUGACAAGAAGGCUCAGGGUCCCAAAGGUGGUGGAAAUGCAGUAAAGGUCAGACACAUUCUAUGUGAAAAACAUGGAAGAAUCAUGGAAGCCAUGGAAAAGUUGAAGUCCGGAAUGCGAUUCAAUGAAGUGGCUACACAAUAUAGUGAAGAUAAAGCCAGACAAGGGGGAGACUUGGGUUGGAUGACCAGAGGGUCCAUGGUGGGACCAUUUCAAGAAGCAGCAUUUGCCUUGCCUGUGAGUGGGCUGGAUAAGCCCGUGUUUACAGACCCUCCAGUUAAGACAAAAUUUGGUUACCAUAUUAUUAUGGUUGAAGGGAGAAAAUAAAGUUGUGUGAAAAGUUUAA